CGUUCCUCUCUAACAUCAUCUCCACUUUGCAUCUGUCUCUCUUAGUCUGCUUUUUUUCCACCGAUGUGACAGACCUGGAGCCAGCGAGACUCAGAGGAAAGGACUUAAUCAGGUUUAUGUGUCCUAAAGGUUAUGAAGACAGCAUGGAGUUCCCAGACCACAGUAGACAUUUGCUGCAGUGUCUGAGCGAGCAGAGGCACCAGGGCUUCCUUUGUGACUGCACCGUCCUGGUGGGAGAUGCCCAGUUCCGCGCGCACCGAGCUGUGCUGGCUUCGUGCAGCAUGUACUUCCACCUCUUUUACAAGGACCAGCUGGACAAAAGGGACAUUGUUCAUCUGAACAGCGACAUUGUUACAGCCCCGGCUUUCGCGCUCCUGCUUGAAUUCAUGUACGAAGGGAAACUCCAGUUCAAAGACUUGCCCAUUGAAGACGUGCUCGCAGCUGCCAGUUACCUCCACAUGUACGACAUCGUCAAAGUGUGCAAAAAGAAGCUGAAGGAGAAAGCCACCACCGAGGCGGACAGCACCAAGAAGGAGGAGGACGCCUCCAGCUGCUCGGACAAAGUCGAGAGCCUCUCGGACGGCAGCAGCCACAUGGCGGGCGACCUGCCCAGCGACGAGGACGACGGCGAGGACGACAAGCUGACCCUCCUGCCCGGCAAAAGGGACUUGGCGGCCGAGCCCGGCAACAUGUGGAUGCGCCUGCCCUCGGACUCGGCGGGCCUGCCCCCGGCCGGCGGGGACGCAGAGCCACACGCCGCGGCAGCUGGAAAAACAGUGGCCAGCCCCUGCAGCUCCACAGAGUCUUUGUCCCAGAGGUCUGUCGCCUCCGUGAGGGAUUCGGCAGAUGUUGACUGUGUGCUGGACCUGUCUGUCAAGUCCAGCCUGUCAGGAGUUGAAAAUCUGAACAGCUCUUAUUUCUCUUCACAGGACGUGCUGAGAAGCAACCUGGUGCAGGUGAAGGUGGAGAAAGAGGCUCCGUGUGAGGAGGGCGAGGUGGGCGCUAAUGACUAUGACAUGGAGCAUAGCGCCGCGAAAGAGAGCGGGGGCGCUAACGCCCGCGGGCCGUACGAGCCGGCGCACCUGGCUCCGCUGCGGGAGGACUCGGUGUUGAGGGAGCUGGAGCGCGAGGACAAGGCCAGCGACGACGAGAUGCUGAGCCCGGAGCACGAGCGCGGCCCGGCCGAGGCGGCCGUGGACGGCGGCCUGCUGCCCUACGUGUCCAACAUCCUGAGCCCGGCCGGCCAGAUCUUCAUGUGCCCGCUGUGCAACAAGGUCUUCCCGAGCCCGCACAUCCUGCAGAUCCACCUGAGCACGCACUUCCGCGAGCAGGACGGGCUGCGCGGCAAGCCGGCCGCCGACGUCAACGUGCCCACCUGCUCGCUGUGCGGCAAGACUUUCUCGUGCAUGUACACGCUCAAGCGCCACGAGCGGACCCACUCGGGCGAGAAGCCCUACACGUGCACGCAGUGCGGCAAGAGCUUCCAGUACUCGCACAACCUGAGCCGCCACGCCGUGGUGCACACGCGCGAGAAGCCGCACGCCUGCAAGUGGUGCGAGCGCAGGUUCACGCAGUCGGGGGACCUGUACAGACACAUCCGCAAGUUCCACUGUGAGUUGGUGAACUCCUUGUCUGUCAAAAGCGAGGCCCUGAGCUUGCCCGCGGUCAGAGACUGGACCUUAGAAGAUAGCUCUCAAGAACUCUGGAAAUAAUUUUCUAUCUCUCUCUCUAUAUAAAUAAUAUAUAUAUCGACACGUACAUAUAUAUACAUAGAUCUCUAUCUAGUUGUGGUACGGUCUAAAAGCAGCCUUGUUUCCUGGAACUAAGACGUCGGGGUGUUGACUCGGUUUUGCACUUUAGAGUAGCAUGAGACUCUCGCUAAUUUAGCAUUCUGGUAAAAGAGACUCUGGAGCAAGUCGGAGACUAGAGAGGGCCUUUUCUUUCGAGGGGGCAGGGGGAGGAAGCCAAUAAGAACCUUUGAAACAGGUCGUCCUAUCACAAGAUGCUUUCACAGGGCUUCAUUUUGUCGACACUGCAUUGUCUUCUGAGCUCUCGCUCUCGCUCUCUCUCUCUCUCUCUCUCUCUCUCUCUUUUUCCACUUUGUUUUUGUUUUGUUUUGUUUUGUUUCGGAGUAGAGAUCCCCUCCAGUUUUAUUAGCCUCUCUAUAUGUCACAAAUUGCAUGAAUCUUUUCUGGCUGUUGGAAACCUGAAUGCUUUUAGACCCAAAUGGGAGAUUUCUGAGAUGCUGGAUUAUCUAUUUUUAAACAAGCAGUUGACUUAAAACUUUCUGUGGCAACUUCUGGUUUCCUGACGGUUCCCAAUGAGAGAAAUGCGGAAAGUACACUGGGCUCACUGGGACGCUGUCUUUGUGAAGGUUUGCUUGGGAUGGAAAAGGAUACUGCAGCUCCAGCAGUGUUGAACUGUGUGUUGAAAAAUGUGAAUUACUGUUCUUGUAUACUGUAAUUGAUUACACGGGCUGGGGGGGGUGUCAAAGAACUUGACAGGUUGUGUUGAUGCUCUUAGUUGAGUCUUGAAAAGUAAAUAUUAACGCUACAGAAAUGCAUGAGUUUCAAUAUAUUUUUUGUCUUUGUUUGCAUUGUAUAACUUUAACGAGUGAGUUUAAAAUUAUUUAAUUUCCUUAGAAAAACAAAAUAGCACCGUUUGGGGAAAAAAAACCUGGUGUUAUGAAGAACGUAAAUGCACUGUUUUUAUUUUUAUUUUAUAUAAUUUAAAUUGACUUUCCCACUGUCUUUAAGUUGAAACUGUUAAGCUGAAUAAAAACUUAAGCUGCAAAUUGAUAACUUCGCUACAUAACAAGGAAAAUAUAAAUGUUUACAAACGGCUUAAAGAUUUGCAUGUGCAGUGUGCAUUUGUAACAGACUUCUGAUUGCACAGAACCCAUGCCAGCUCAAAGUUUAGGGGUACACAUUUACCCAGUGGAGCAUUUUUAGAAUAACUACUGCACAAAUUGACAAUAGGUCAUUCUCUCUUUUUUUUAUUUUUGUUUUUGGGUUUUUUUUUUUGGCUCCCCUUUCUUUUUCUCCCCUUCUUCCUUAACCCUCCCUCCCUCCCCUCCUUCAUCAUCCCCCCCCCCCCCAACACCCACCCCCACCCCCCACCCCAACUCAUGAAAAGAUUCUAUGGACUGAAAAAGCCCCGGGCUGAAAGGACUGGCCUGCCUUGAUUGACGUGGGGAAGGUGGGGAAGGGGGUUAGUAGACUAUGUGUAUCACGCAGCACAGGCUGCAGCCCGACGUGUGGUUUUUAAUGACCAGCGCGCAGGGCAAAAGCAUUUUGCACAGUGUUUGUUUUCCUGUCUUGCACUUACAAAUAAGGUCUAUGGGAGUAGCAUGGAAAACGUUUGCUGUUUUUCCCUUUUUUUUUUUUUUAAUUGCUUUUGUUUAAAAUUUGAUCGCCUUAACUACUGUAAACAUAGCCUAUUUUUGUGCUUAAGAUACUGAAUGGAAAACUCCAUUGUGUGUUGCUGGACUGUUUUGGAAAUAUUUGGUCAAAUGUGUGUUAAUUUGGCUGUAAUGGCAUUUAAAGCAAACAAACAAACAAAAAAAGCUGUGAAAAUGGCCUUGGAGCAUUAUCUUUAGUUACUUGAAGAGUUUCUAGUUUGUUUUGUUUUUUUUUUUUAAAUACAGUUUAUGUUAAAAUAAUUUUUAUUAAUUUAGAGGAGACAAUCAAUGUCUGAGAAAACGGACUUUCUUUUGGAUUUUCUUUUUGUGGUCAUUGUGAGUGAUUGCUUUUCCCUUUUAUUAGUUUCACAUUCUUCCUUUGUUCUAAAACUUAGACUGACAUCUAGCUUUGACAAUCAUAGUAUGUUUUAUUUUCCUGAGGGGGGAAUAACUUAUAAUGCUGUUUAGUUUUGUACUAUUGGUGUGUUGGUGAAUUUUUAAACUGUGUGCUAACUGCAAUAAAUUAUAUGAACUGAGAA